AACAUUAGUCUGUUAAAUAAAUUUGCGACGUAUUUACUACAGUGAAAUAUUUAUUAUAAAAUGAUCAGGUCGUUUUUUGGGGUGGGACUUAUUUUAGUGAUACUGAAAUUUAAUGAAGCGGUUGAAGUGUCGGAUAAAAUUGAUUUUAAUACAGAAAAUGAUAAAUUUAGUCGUCUAAAUAAAUUUAAGAGUUUUGAACAUGAUUUUUUGCCAGCGGAUUUUGAAACUAAACAACCGCCAAAUAAUAAAAAAAUUCCGUGUAAUGAUGAUCCAUUAACAAUUGUUCAUAAUAUUCAACUAGACAUAAAUGAAAAUUUAGUAAUUACUCAGGACAACAAACAGAUAAAUAAUCAAAUUUGUAAUUUAACUGUAAAAACCGUAAAAGAUAAGUUUGGAAAUUUGGUAACAGCGAUACAAUUUACAUUAAUAACAAAAAUAAAUGAAAUCAAAUAUAAUGAAAUUCCUGUGAUUGACGGAGUACGUGGAAUUAAUGACGAUAAUUAUCAAUCUAAUUCAAUAAAUUCGCAGACACACCGACGAUACAACACGAAUAAUUUCCAGCCUUCGCUCAAUCCGAAUAAUUAUUUUUUCCGACCACAAACGGAUUAUUAUUAUUACAAUAACAACAAUAAUAAUAACAAUAAUGGUGAUGACGUUGGUAUCGGCCAUACAUAUCAUCAAGAAUCUUACGGACGGAAACCUUGGAUGACUAGUAGAGAUACGAUUGAUGAUAAAAUCGAACCACCGCUGAGUAAAACUUCGUUGAAUGACCAGCAUUAAAAUUUUAUUUUCCUUCUUUUAUUUAUAAUUUAAAUACUAAAUAUUUAUGUAUAUAUAUUCAUUUCAAUAUAUAUGAUUAAAAAAAUCAACUCUAAUAAAUGAUAUUUAUG